AUGGCCAAUAUUUCAACAAUUUACAAGCUAUCGUUUCUCGCCUUUACUUACUUCAUACACGUCUAUGGGACAAGCUGUCCAGUUCUGGAGUGCUGGUUUGUCCAGGAGAAACCAGGUCGAGGUGGGGGAUUCCCUGCUGCAAUGAUCCAGGAGAAGUCACUACUGUAUAUCAAUACAGACCCAGAGAGUGAAGAAACCAAGUCACAGCAGGGACCAUCUGCAGACAUCAACCAUGAUAGAGUCUACUACGUCACUGACCCAGCAGCCAUCCUCUGCAGUUCCUCUCUGCACCCACCAGAGGGCUCAGUCCAUAAACCACAGUGCGAGAUAAACCCCUUCAUGCCCCAGCCCUCCACCGUUCAAUGGGUAGUCCCGCUCACUGACUCUGCCCACAGUCCUAUCUACCUGCAAGCUGACUGGUACUCUGCAGCCUUGCAGGGCCUUGACGGACAGCUGGGCCUGUCCAGUGUCAUGCGUGCUCCCACGGCAACCAAGGAACCCACUGUGGUGCUCAGUGUGUCCAGUAGAACCCCCUUGGUCCGUUCCAGACUCGGGGAACCGGUGGUUCUAGACUGUGGGUUUUGGAUGGAGGCCACUUCUCCUCUCUCUGGCUCUGGCUUCGCCGUGGAGUGGCGCUACCAGUUCAGGGGUGAUGGCCGUCUGGUUCUGGCCUACGACGGCAAGACAGACCGAUUUGCCGAGACCAAGGAAAAGAGAGCGGGGCUAGACUUCACGGCUCUGCACGAGACAGGAAAUGCAUCACUGAUCCUGCAGGAAGCUCAAGUGCGCCACACAGGAACCUACAUCUGCACGGUGUACUUGCCCUAUCUCCUGGCUCAGGUGGCAGUGGAGCUGGAGAUUGUAGAGCCUCCGUCCCUCUCCAUCUUCCCCUCCCCGCUCCCUCUCUCCGUGCCCGGCCAGGUGGUGAAGGUGCAAUGCGAGGCGUCAGGAUUCUUCCCCCUCUCCCUGGACUUCCACUGGGAGUUAACAGGGCCUGACGGUAAGGUCAGGCCCCUGGGUCAGGGCAGCGUGACAGGCCACAGGCAGGGCCCAGACAACACCUACAGCCAGACCUCCCGUCUGGAGUUAGACUCAGCCAAGCUGGACCUUGGCCGUGGAGGGGAGGUCACCUGUGUGGCCGUCCAUCCUGGAGGCACCCGGCGGGCCAGCGUCACCCUCAAUGUCAUCGGUAUUAAUGGUCCCUCCAUUGAAGACUCCAUGGCGAUGGUUGCCGUGGCCCUGGGGCUCUAUGGUUUGAUCAAGAUCGUCUCCUGGACAUUUAGCUCUGGGUCCGAUGAUACUAACUCACAAGAGAAGAAAGUGAAGUAA